AUGGAGACUGCAAACCACACCACAGUAGCAGAGUUCAUUAUCCUGGGAUUAACAGAUAAUCCCAUAUUAUGUGCCAUCUUAUUUGUGAUUUUUCUAGGGGUUUAUAUAGUUACCAUAGUGGGAAAUACCAGCAUAAUCAUGUUAAUCCAAAGCAGCCCACAGCUUCACACCCCCAUGUACCUCUUCCUCAGCCACUUGGCCUUUGUGGACAUAGGGUACUCCACAUCAGUCACACCAGUCAUGCUUAUGAGUUUCCUAAGAGAGAGAACUACUAUUCCUGUCAUUGGCUGUAUAGCUCAGCUUGGCUCCGAUGUCACUUUUGGGACCACAGAGUGCUUCCUGCUGGCUGCCAUGGCCUAUGACCGCUAUGUGGCCAUCUGCUCCCCACUUCUCUACUCCACCCACAUGUCCCCGGUGGUCUGCUUCCUCCUGCUGGGGGCUUCCUACCUGGGUGGAUGCAUGAACGCUUCAUCAUUCACAGGCUGCUUGAUGAAUCUAUCCUUCUGUGGACCAAACAAAAUCAACCAUUUUUUCUGUGACCUCUUCCCGCUCUUGAAGCUUUCUUGUGGCCAUGUUUACAUUGCUGAAAUAUCUCCUGCCAUCUCUUCCGCAUCAGUUCUAAUAAGCACCCUGUCCACCAUAAUUGUGUCCUACAGCUACAUCCUGCAGGCAAUCCUGAAUAUGCGCUCCACUGAGGGGAGGAAGAAGGCCUUCUCUACCUGCACUUCCCACCUCACUGCAGUCACUUUGUUUUAUGGGACAGUUUUGUUUGUUUAUGUGAUGCCCAAGUCAAGCUAUUCAGCAGAUCAGGUCAAAGUGGCAUCUGUGAUCUACACGGUGGUGGUGCCCAUGCUGAACCCCCUCAUCUACAGUCUGAGGAACAAGGAAGUGAAAGAGGCCAUGAGGAAACUGAUGGCUAGAACACACUGGUUUGCCUGAAGUCGACCAGAUAUAAAUAACAAACAUUUGGGUGUGGGAAACAUUCAUGCUGGAUCCUUAAAUGAUACUUAUCCUUAACUUUAUCACUCUUAUAGAGAAGAGCUCCUACAAAUAUGAAAAGCGAAUGUUUACUUCCAUAUAUAAAGUUAAUUAUAUCAUUAACACGGACAUCUGCUGGAUUCAAAUUAAGUAUGGAUUUUCCAAGGUAAGAAUACUUUUGGAAAAUAGCUUCUGCUUAAAACCCCAUUCACACAUUAUGAGUCCUAUUUAAAUAGAAAGAUAUUUCAACCAAAGAUCAAAUUUAAGUGAAUUCCACCUUAUAAAGCAAUACUGAGGAAAGAAACUUGUCUCCAAGAGAUGUGAAAUAGAUGGUAAUAUUGACAAGCCAGGCAAUUCAGAUAAAGAUAAAGAUUGUUUUGGGCAAUAGAUAUUUAAACUUUUUGGAACAUCGGCAUUAG